ACAAACUCUGUGUUGUUGACAUCAUCUCUAAUCGAUAAUUUCUGUUUUGCUUCGUGAAAGGCAUCAUCGCUUUAAACUAAAUUUAAAAAUCACAUUUGACAACGAUGAACGACGACCACUCGGAUAGUUCCGUCACGUCCAUCGGGGACGAGGACGAGGACCCCACGGACAACACGGAGAAUCUGUGCGAAAACCCCACCCGGGACAUCCUGACGGAGGGCUUCUUCCGGCUGUUCAAGCCCGUCAUCGACGACCUGGACAAUAACAUCAGGCGGGCCCGGUUGAGCCAGCUAGAAUUGCGCCAGCAGCUGGACGAGCUGUCGGUGGAGAUGAAGAACCUAAACUUUGAGAACGAUCCCCAGCUGCACGAGAAGUUCAAGCGAAUGGUGCACGUGAAGCAGAAGGUCGUCGUGAUUAUGAACAUUUUGCAGGGGGCGCAGGGCUUUCUUUCUCUUUAAGGAACGUCUAGUUACGCUGUGUCAACAGCAGGAACAACCUGGACCUACUAGUUAAUCCCUAAAUAAGAACGAGUUCUUUCACUGUUAGCCAUAUUAUAUUGUUUAAGUUAAUUUAACC